AUGAAGCAUCAAGGCAGCUACUCUUCUUCUGGAUCCCUCAUGGUAGGCCACAGCUCUAGAGGCCAUUGUUCCUCUGGUAACAUCUCUUCACUUCAUCAUGGAAGCUCCAAUACACUUCACCAUAAGAGCUUCAGCUGCUCUAAUACUGGUGGUUCCUAUAAAUCUUCCAGCCACCUUGGAGGAAACUCAAAACUAUCUAUCAGUUCAUCUGCCGGUCUUGCACUUGGAGGUGGAAGUGGCCAUGGUGGCCUUACAAGUCAUCUCAAGAGUUCUAACAACCACGCUCAUAGCCUACUUCGUAUUAAUGAGAAAGAUACAAUGAGGGCUCUAAAUGAGCGUCUUGCCUCCUAUUUAGACAAGGUCCAUUCGCUGGAGCAGGAGAAUGCUGAGCUGGAAAGGAAGAUAUGUGAAUGGUAUGCAAACAAUGCCCCAAGCUCACUCCCUGACUCCAGUGAGUACUAUAGGACUAUUCAGGAGCUACAGAACCAGAUUUCUUUGGCGACAAUUAACAGUGGAAGGAUUGUCCUACAGAUAGAUAGCGCUCAACAAGCUUCAGAUGACUUCAGAAACAGGUGUGAGAUGGAGAUAAACACAAGGAACAAUGUGGAUGGAGAUACUGGUUCCUUGAGAAGAGUCUUACAACAAAUUAACAAUGAAGUGCAAACCUUAUCCGGAGGAGUCCAAAGUCUCCAGCAAGAACUUUUCCAGAUGAAGAACAACCAUUCAGGGGUAAAAUGGAAAGAUGUAGAUGGCUUAUUAUUAUAA